AUGACCAAACGACCAAGCUUGGUAACUGUUCAAGCGCACAGCUCCUUGUUGAAUAUCCGCUGGGACCCAGAGUUCUCGACACGGCGAGAACUGUCCUAUGAAUCCGAAAACGAAUCUUAUCUCAGGUCCAUUGCCGACUGGGAAUCAGAAAACCCAGUCGGCAGCACUGGCUGGCUCGAAGAUUUGGACAACGCCGUCCGAGGGUUCAUGCGAGGACCUGACCAGUCCGACGCCUGUACUCCGGAGGCCGACAUUGUGCUUGCGUUUUGCCACAAUUCGACAUUCAAGCAGCUCCUCGGACAAACAGAGGCCAUCCACAGUUUGUCACCCCGGAAUGCUUGGUUAGAUGAAAGAAACUUCAGAGAAGGAAGAGUUCAGGCAAGGACGCAGAGAGGCGCGCUGACAGCACGCCAAUUGUACGAUGCAUUGAACGCUCCGGUAAAUCGAGUCGAAUCUGGUCUACAGCGACCUCACUUUAACGUUAGAGCCCAAGCUAACGUUUAA